UUGAGGCGUAUUGAAAUUUUUUUAUUUGUUUUGAUUGUUGCAUUUCUUUUUUUACCGAAUUUUAGCAGUUUUUAAGGAUUUUUAACCAUGAUUUCUGUCAGAAAAAAUAUUUUUAGAGCCUCCGCUCUCUUGAGAUCAAAGUCCAGAAGUCAAUGCACGAUCAAAUCCCGUUCAAUAGCUUCACUUUCGACCCUUCCGGAGCAAUAUCAGAUGCUUCAAAAGACGUGUCGGGACUUUGCGGAUAACGAACUCGUCCCAAAUGCCCAGAAAUUCGAUCGGGAGCAUCUUUAUCCGAAGGAACAAAUUGCUAAAAUGGGCGAAUUGGGUCUCAUGGCGAUUUCUGUAGCGGAAAAAUACGGCGGAACAGGCUUGGAUUAUCUCGCGUACGCUAUUGCCAUGGAAGAAAUUUCACGGGGAUGUGCCUCGGCGGGAGUUAUCAUGUCUGUGAAUAAUUCUUUGUACCUCGGACCUUUGGAGAAGUUUGGAAAUGAAGAGCAAAAGGAAAAAUUCGUUACGCCAUUCACGCAGGGCACAAAAGUUGGAUGUUUUGCCUUGAGUGAGCCCGGAAAUGGAUCAGAUGCGGGAGCUGCUUCGACCACAGCCGUACUAAAAGGCGAUCAUUACGUCUUGAAUGGCACAAAAUGUUGGAUCACGAACGGAUAUGAGGCAGAAUCGUGCGUUGUCUUUGCCACAACUGACAAAAAUCUCAAACAUAAGGGAAUUUCCGCGUUUAUUGUGCCGAAAAACCUUCCCGGAUUCAGUUUAGGGAAGAAAGAAGACAAAUUAGGUAUUCGCGGGUCAUCUACUUGUUCCUUAAUUUUCGAAGACUGUCAAAUCCCCAAAGAAAAUCUCCUCGGGCAACCCGGAAUGGGCUUCAAAAUUGCCAUGCAAACGCUCGAUGCAGGCAGAAUCGGAAUUGCGUCGCAAGCGUUGGGCAUUGCGCAAGCUUCUCUCGAAUGCGCCGUCGAUUACAGCAACAAACGAAUGGCUUUUGGUAAGCCAAUUUCGAAAUUGCAAAGUAUUCAGAACAAAAUUGCCGACAUGGCGUUGCAAUUGGAGUCAGCGAGACUUUUGACGUGGCGCGCGGCAUUUUUGAAAGACAAUCACAAACCUUUUACGAAAGAAGCGGCGAUGGCGAAAUUAGCUGCGAGUGAAGCGGCAACUUUUUGCUCGCAUCAAGCCAUUCAAGUGCUCGGAGGAAUGGGAUAUGUUACGGAUAUGCCGGCGGAGAGACAUUAUCGUGAUGCAAGGAUUACGGAAAUUUAUGAGGGAACGUCGGAGAUUCAAAAGUUGGUUAUUGCGGGAAAUGUUUUGAAGGAGAUGAGCUAAAUUUUUAUAAAAACUUAAAAUAUUUUUACUUAAAAAAAAUUCUUAUACUCAAAAAAUAAAUUUAAAAAAAUUAAAAUUA